AUGGCCGCUGAAGCUCCCGCGAGAACCGGUCUGGCCGUUGGCCUCAACAAGGGCCACAAAACCACCCCCCGUGUCGUCAAGCCCCGUGUCUCCCGGACCAAGGGUCACCUGAGCAAGCGCACCGCUUUCGUCCGUGAGGUCGUCAAGGAGGUUGCUGGUCUUGCCCCCUACGAGCGCCGAGUCAUUGAGUUGCUCCGAAACAGCAAGGACAAGCGUGCCCGUAAGCUCGCCAAGAAGAGACUCGGUACCUUCGGGCGUGCCAAGAAGAAGGUCGACGAGCUCCAGCGCGUCAUCGCCGAGGCUCGCCGCGCGGGUCACUAA